ACUUUUGGAGUAAAAUGAAGUAUCGACUUCCGUUGAAGAAAAUUACAUGUGGAUAGAGUUGCGAAACAGAAAACAUGGUGUUUUUCUUCACGAGCAGAGUUGUAUCUCCAUGUUACUUGCUGUAUAUGGGACUUGACAAACAUGAAAAUGAAGAUCUCAUCAAAUGGGGUUUUCCAGAAGAUGUAUGGUUUCAUGUGGACAAGGUGUCCUCAGCUCACGUGUAUCUGCGACUUCAUCUCGGAGAUACAUUAGAUGAUGUUCCUCAGGCUGUUAUAGAUGACUGUGCUCAACUUGUAAAGGCCAACAGCAUCACAGGUAACAAGAUGAACAAUGUUGAUGUAGUGUACACAAUGUGGUCCAAUCUGAAGAAGACCGGUGCCAUGGAUGUUGGACAAGUGGGGUUCUUCAAGGACAAAGAGGUGAGGAAGGUGAGAGUAGAAAAACGAAUAAACGAGAUCGUGAACCGUCUGAACAAAACAAAAGAAGAAAAAUUCCCUGACCUGCGGGCAGAACGAGAAGCGAGGGAUAGAGAGGAAAGAGAGGCAGCCAAGGCCAAUAUACAGGAACAAAGAAGGAAAGAACGAGAGGAAGAUGACAAAAAGAAAAAAGAAGCUCAACUUAGGUCGUACGAUACUCUGAUGAAGGCAGAAAAUAUGACAUCAAAUCAGGAUGACGGUAAUGACUCGGACGACUUCAUGUGAUCCUGUCGUAUCAAUGGAUUCCCUUGUCUUUCAUAGUCAGCGGUAAUGAUGCAUCUCCUCCAAGCCUUUUCUAUGAAGUGUUGAGAAAUUUCCUCUGUAACUUCAGUAACAUUCCUUUUAAAACACCACAAGUGUGCUGUAAACAGGACAGGAAGUGAUGUUUGUAGGGAGUACAGUAUCUGUAGCUAAGCUCAUGUAGCUAUGCUGUGGACAGGAAGUGGUGUUUGUAGGGAGUACAGUUUCUGUAGCUAGGCUCCUGUAGCUAGGCUGCGGUUUGGAAGUUGUGUUUGUGGGGAGUACAUUAAAAUUAGCUGUUCUGAUUGAACUCUGCAAAUGUGACUUGUGACACAUUACCUCAUGCUGACGUCAAGCAAAAUCUGCCAACUGUGACUAGGGGAUCCCCCCCGGACUACUUUUCGAAAGAACAUGGCUCUUUCCAUAGGCAGUUGUAAUACUGAUUGGGGGGUAUCAUUUUCAUAAAAUAUAAAUCUUAAGGUUUUAAACUCUUUCAUUUUAAAGGAAAGAUAACGAUUCAUAUAUUACAAAUGCAAUUUUCUCGGGAAUAUUUUCAGGAGUUAAUGAUUUCCUGUCAUACGUAUCCAUACACCUAUAUAUUACAUAUGAGAUGUUGAGUGAAGCACGUAGGAUGUGUUCUGAUAGCUGUACUGUAGACAGGACAGGGAUUAGUGGUUGUGGAGAGAACAGUACACUCAGUGUUUCUGUCUAAUUCUUAUUUAUUUCUCUAAUUACUUUUUUAAACAUUUUGUAUUUAGGAAAUCUCAUCAUAGAAUUAUUAUAUUAAUAAUUCCUCAUUCCUGGUUUAGAUGUACUGUCAGAGCUAAAUACAUUAAAGCAUUUUCAGCAUUCUUGGUACGUAUCACUUUUAUUCUUAUUUGGUAACAUUAUGUAUAUUUAUUUAAUUUUUGAUUUCAGGGUUUAACUGUAUUUUGAUAGCUAUUGGUUCUGUUUGUAUCUUUUUAAAGCAUAAUUUUCGGGGGGGAAAAUCCAUAUUUUUCCAGAAUUUGUGUGUCGCAAAUAUAAUGGAAAUGUACAAAUACAUAAGGUUGGUUUUUUUUUAUGUUAUUAUUUUUUUUUAUUAUUGAAAUUGGGUCUCAAAUAAAUAACUGCAGUUUAUUAAUUGCAAAUAUCCGUUCUGUUUUAUUGAAACAUCUUAGAAGAAUAAAUUGAAAUUCUAUUUCUGUACAUGUAUUUGCUAUUUAAUAAUAGCUUCCUUUCCUUGUUUGAAACUUUGCAACAUAUCAAAUGUCUGCAUGAAUACAAUUUUACAUGUUGCAGUUAUACUGACAAUCUGAUAAGGAACUUAACAUAAUAUAAUGCUGUACAAUAUUAUAAGACAGGUAAAAUUGGACAUAAUGUCUUUUGUCUUCUACAUGAAAAAUAAAAAUCCAGUCUACUUGUUA